AUGGUGGAUUUUAUUGGCGCUCGCCCCCUCCCUUUUCAUUGUCCUUCGUUCGCCACAUCCUCGCCGCCAUUGUAUGUCUGCUCCCUUAUACUGUAUUCGUGUUUAAUGUGUUUUUAUUUUGUCUCCUGUACAGGUCACGCUGCCUCCACGAAUUGUUCUGGCUCCCCCGCGUUUGAAUGCUCAUGUUGGAGGAUAGUUAUUAAUCUCUAAAGAACCCAGAAGCUUCUCUCUGCUUGGACCAUACUGAAGAUCAAGGGGAACAAAUAAAUCCCACAUCAGCUCCAUCUACACGCCUUCCCCUCAGAUCUAUGCCGUUCUCAUGAAUCUGAACUCAUCUAAACACCAUAGGGCGGUUGAGACGUUAGAAUAACAAUAAUUGGUAAUAAUAAACAAAAAAAGCUAGAAACAGUAUUACUAAAAGUUAGACUUUUAAACUGAAUUUCAGCCAUUUUUUUUUGUGUGGCUAAGUUCCUCUUCAGUAUGGAUUCCCUGGACAGUUUCCAGCCCUGAGCUGUACUACGCCCUUUAUAAAGAUGGCGGCUGCAGUCUUUGCCAUGCUGCUAUAACCUAUAGAGGCACAUUGGCCCUUCUAAGAGGAAUUAGAAAGCCCCACUUUGCCCUCUUUUUCUUCACCUUUUAGCCAAAAUAACUACGUUUUCGAAGCACAGGAGGAGAAUUUUGGAUAGUUGAUAAAAUGGGGUCAGGACCUAUAGAUCCCAUUGAGCUGCUUAAGGGUCUGGAUUGUUUGUUGGGCCAAAAGGGAGAAGUAAAAGCUGUCGCUGGAAUAUCAAAAAUAUACAACUUGAUGAAAGAAUCUCAGAAGAUGGUUAGUCGGUGUAUCUACAUGACCAUCAUAUGCCAGACGAAUUCCCCGGAACUCCUUUCUAAGUUCAUCCGGGUUGGGGGAUACAGACUUUUAAAUGUUUGGCUGACAUAUGCUCGUAACGGCAACAACAGCCCUCUGCUUCAUCGAAUUCUGCUGACACUUCAGCAUUUACCUCUGACCGUGGACCACCUAAAGCAGAAUAACACAGCUAAACUAGUGAAGCAGCUUAGCAAAACCAGUGAGGAUGAAGAAGUUCGGAAGGUAGCACUUAUACUUGUCAAUGACUGGAUGAACGUAAUCAGGACCCAGAGUAAUCUGUUGCCUGCUGAAAAGGAGAAGAAGAAAAAGAAAGAAGACCCAAAAGGACGGUCUCCUGUGCCUGAUAAGACUGCAGAAGCCAAAGCUGAGUCCUUUGUAGAGGAUCAAGUGGAUAGAAAGAAAGAAACACCCAAAAUACAGCGCACUACUGCCCCUAGUCAUGCAAAGUUCAGAUCUACAGGUCUUGAGGUGGAAACGCCAUCGCAAGCUCCCAUUAAGAAGCCAGCUACUGUUCCACUUAUAUCGGACAAAUACAUGAAACCUGUUCCUGUUAAACGACAAAGUUCGGUUCCACUACCCAGUGAUGUAACACCUGCAGAAAAGAAAUACAAGCCACUUAAUGCUAUUCCAAAUUCUGCCAAGGAGAUCAAAGUGAAGAUCAUUCCUCCACAGCCUAUUGAGAGUUUAGGUUUCUUGGAUGCACUGAAUUCGGCACCAAUGACUGGACUUAAGAUUAAAAAGAAGAAGAAAGCAGUUUCUCCAACUAGCAAUAAGCCCUGUCCAUUUGACAGCAAGCCCCAAGGUGAUGUACCAGCAGUCACCAAGCCCUCUUCUCCGGAACCAGAGCCCCCAGCUGAGGCAAUGGAAGUGGAACGACCUGGAACUCCAGUUCCUGUUGAGCUCCCUGAGCCUAUGGACACAUCAGUAUCAGUAUCCGUAUCUGCACCUACACCUGCCCCAGCCCCAGCAGCUGUGAAACCUGCUGAGCCAGAAGUUCCCCAACUAACUAAAAAGGGAAAGAAGAAAAAAAAGGUUAGCUGGCAAGAAGAGAGUCAACUUCGGGAGUACUUCUACUUUGAGUUAGAUGAAACGGAGAGAGUUAAUGUGAACAAGAUUAAGGACUUUGGUGAAGCUGCCAAGCGAGAGAUGCAGAAGGAUCGUCAGGCAUUCCAAAACGCCCGUCGGCUUAGUCAUGACACCAUGGAGGAAGUCACUCCUUGGGUCUUUCCACGGCCGUUUUUGCACCUGGGAACACUUGUACAAAAUGGGAGCAACAGCACAGAAAAGCACACCCAAGCUGAGCGGGAGAUGGGCAUCCUGCAAGAGCUUUUUCUCUCCAAGGAAAGUGUUCCUGACACCCCACAUGAACCGGACCCUGAGCCUUAUGAACCGAUGCCUCCAAAGCUUAUACCACUGGAUGAGGAUUGUUCCAUGGAUGAUAGUUCUUAUGUUGAAUCAAUGGAUGAAAUUGGAGGGUCUCAGUCUCCAGACCUGUCAUCUGGUGCUAAGCUACCUCCUGUACUUGCUAACCUAAUGGGCAGUGUGGGAAAUCCAAAGUCACAAACAAACCCACUGCCAGGCACCAUGCAAGAGAUUCUGACUUCCAUCAUGGGAGCCCAGGGUAAUGCUAAUCCAGAAGAUCUGAUGAAGCAACCAGACUUCUCCGAUAAGAUCAAGCAGCUUCUUGGCUCGCUGCAGAACCAGGGUCAGGCCACACCAGCACCAGCGGGACCCAUGUCUGCCUCCAAUGGCUUUCCACCACCUGCACCUAAAAACCCACUACAGCAGCUGCCUCCUCAACAUUACCCACCACCCGGGCCUGGUGGGCCAUUUCCAGGGCCACAUGGACCUCCUGGUGGUCCACGAAUGAUGGGUCCACCUCCUCCACAACAUGAAGGUUAUUGGGAACCGCCACCAAAUGAAAUUAGAGGUGAUCAUCAUGAGCCCAUGGUGGGGAGAGGAGGCGGAAUGAGAGGGGAUAGAGGACAUCCUCCCCCAUUUCACAGAGGCAGAGGAAGCAGAGGAGGUGACCCAGGAUUCAGAGGACGAGGUGGAAGGGGAGGAGAAAGGGGGCCUCGUGGACGCGAUGGUCCAUACAGUAUAGGCCAUGGAGGAGAGCACAGGGGCCAUGGAGGAGAGCACAGGGGCCAUGGAGGAGAGCACAGAGGCCAUGGAGGAGAGCACAGGGGCCAUGGAGGAGAGCACAGAGGCCAUGGAGGGGAGCACAGGGGCCAUGGAGGAGAGCACAGAGGCCAUGGGGGAGAGCACGGACAUGGUCAAGGCGGAGAUAUGUCCUUUCGACCGGUGUGUCGACAUUUCAGAUACAAGGGCAGCUGUCGAUAUGAAAACGAUUGUGCCUUCUACCACCCAGGAAUUAAUGGACCACCUCUACCUUAAAAACUGACCAAAUCAGUGUUUUCCUGAAAAAAAACGAACAAAUUGAACUUUAUAACAUUAUGGCUUCUGUGAGGCCUACAUUUUUUCCUUCAGUAUACUUUCUGUUACUUGAAAAAAAAAGUCAGUCUCUUUUCCACUCCUUACUGGGUGACCUUGAAAUACCACUGAUGAAGAUGAGACCUUUUGGCUUUUUCCAGUUGUCUUUUUUUUCUUGCACAUUUUUCAGUGUUGGCCAUCCCAGCAUUCAUUAUCUUCUGACAACCCAAUAACACUAAAUACAUGGCGGUGGCUUAUCCAUAGCUGGGUAACUUGGCUCCUCUCUUCAGUGCAACUUCAAAGAAAAACUUGCAAAGACUUACAAGUAUUAACACUGACUGCUGACUUUUACACUAAAAUGGGAAUAUUUCCCAAAAUAUGCACUGUGGUGUACUAGACCAGCAAUGGAAAUCUCUCAACUAUCUGUGUUUUAUACUUUUUUUUUUUUUAUAUUUAUAAAAAUAUGUAUGUUGAGAAGUUAUGAGCUAUGUUCAUCAGUAGUGAUGAGCUCGGGUUCAAGCUCUAGGUUCAGUCCGAACCUAGAGAUUAGCUGCCAUUGCUGGGCCAAUGACGUGUGGGUAGGAGAUUUGCCAUCCUGCAGCUGACAUACACAAAGAAGCAGGGAUGCUCAAGACAUCAUUGACCCAAUAUGAGUUCAGGACCAUAUUGGGUUAGAGUAUAAAGGUAAAACUUUUAGUUUUGGAUAGAGUAGAGAGGAAUUGGAACACCUGUCGGUUUAUAUUGCUGUCUGUGCCCCCCAUUAAUGAG